AUGAUUCGAAAUCGAUUAUUGACUGUUCAAAGCAGGAAAAAAUCUUACUCGGACAACUUACGACAAGAUUUGGAGUUCUCUAUGGGAGAUUGGGUAUUCAUGAAGGUGUCGCCUAUGAAAGGCGUGAUGAGAUUUGGAAAAAGAGGCAAACUCAGACCCUGGUAUAUCGGACCAUAUCGAAUUAUUCAAAAGGUCAGUCAAGUGGCUUAUAAGCUUAAGUUGCCCCCGAAAAUGGAAGCAGUGCAUCCGGUAUUUCAUGUGUCUAUGCUUCGUAAGUGCGUGCAUGAUCUAUCCUGUAUUACCCCUAUUGGAGAUAUUCAAGUCUCAGAGGACCUAUCUUACGAAGAAAUUCCGGUGGCUAUCCUAGAUCGUCAAGUUUGUAAAUUGCGGACCAAAGAGGUAGAUUCAGUUAAAGUACUUUGGAGGAACAAUAAUAUAAAAGAAAUAACCUGGGAAUCUGAAGAAGAUAUGAAAUCCAGGUACCCCCAUUUGUUCCAUACUACAGGAGGAUAA